UUUUCUUGGAUGCCCAUCUCUGCUGCCAUGGACAUGUCUUCUUCUAUUACAAAACUCUCUUUCUCUUCGUUCAUUCCUCUUCAUAUUCUUUAAUAGUCAUGGUUCUUAUUAUAUUCUUUGUUCUAAUCUCUCCUGCCAAUGCAUUAUCCUUCAACUUCACCAGCUUCAACGACAGCAUUCGUGACCUAAAAUAUGAAGGAGACGCGUCUCUCGUAGAUUCUGCAAUUCAGCUCACCGAGAACCUGCCUGAACUCACAGGCCAUGUGACAUAUUUGGAACCCCUCCAUCUCUGGGACGAAACCUCAGGCAAUCUCGCUAGCUUCAUCAUCAACUUCACCUUCUCUAUUGAUGAUCAAAAUAACGCUUCACACAGUGAUGGGAUUGCGUUGUAUCUCGCUCAUCUAGAUUAUCAGAUACCUGAUAUCCAACAAGGUAGUGGGAUUGGCCUUGCCAGUGGGAACCAAACAUUAAACUCCACAGACAAUCCAUUUCUUGCUGUGGAGUUCGACACCUUCCAUAAUGCAUGGGAUGAAGACGAUGGUGAUCAUGUCGGUAUCGAUAUCAGUUCAUUAAGAUCUUCUCAACAUACAAGAUGGUAUAGUAGUCUUGAUGGAAGAAUAACGGAAGCUGGAAUCAGCUACAACUCUAGUUCCAAGAAUCUGUGUGUUUACUUCACUGGAAUAACAGAAGGCAUCAUUAUUCCACAGGUUCUUUGCCUUGAAAUUGAUCUAAGGAAUCACUUGCCUGAAUGGGUUGUGGUUGGUUUUUCAGCAGCAACAGGAAUGUUCUCCGAGUUCCAUACCAUCCACUCAUGGUCUUGCAAUUCAUAUUUCUCUUCACUACCACUACCUCCUUCCUCCUCUUCACCACCACAACCUCCUUCCUCCUCCUCACCUCCGCCUUCCCAGAUUCCUCUGCGUCCUCCCAAAAAUGAUAGAUACAAAGUGUUAAUGAUCGUAGGAUGGUCAGUUGCUGGUUUGUUUUUGGCAAUAUUGAUCGUUGGAGUGAUCUUGUUUUUCAUUUUUAAGAACAGACCGAAUACAAUAGAGGGACAGAAUCCAGUUCCAGGUCAUUAUGGAGGAGGAGGAACAGAACCUGGUCCACCACAAAAUCAGUUCAGCGAGAUAGAAAAUGAUACAGCCAUAAAUCAGAAUAGAGAAGCAGCAGGAAAUGCAGCAGCCACAACUCAAAUUGCUAGAAAUUUAGAAAAUGGUUCUGCCACUGUUCAGAGCAGAAGUAUAGAGAAUGAAGUAGACAGUGCUCAGAGCAGAAUUGAAAUCCAGAAUAGAGAAGAAACACAAAUUGAUUCAUCCAGUGCUCAAAGUACAAGGGAAAUAGGAGUUGAUUCAUCAUCUGUAAGAAGCUCAGACAUCUGUUAAUGCACUGUAUGGGCUCAAUAAAAUUCAAGCUACAAUUCCUGAUUUGGAAACGAUAAAAAUUAGUUUUUUUUUUUCUUUUUCUUAUAUUUAUCUGGUUUUGAACA